AUGGAGAAGGCAGUAGUGACGAUCGGCGCCAACGGCAUCAUCCGUUCGGCCAACCAGUGCGCCGUGAUCAUGUUCGGCUACACGCGCCCGAACGAACUCAUCGGCCAGAACGUGAGCGUGCUGUGUCCGCAUCCCUACAAGGAGCAGCACGACUCCUACCUCCAACACUACCACGAGACCGGCGUGCCCAAGGUCAACUCUUUCUUCUCCUUCUUCUCCUACUGCCGUAAGAGCAGGGUGGUGGAGGGCCAGAAGAAGGACGGCACCAUCUUCCCGAUUCGUCUGGCCAUCUCCGAGCUCGUCGUGGGCGAGGAGAUCUUCUAUUGCGGCCUCGUCGAAGAACUCGAGGACCAAUCGUGCCUCAUCACGAUCGACGCCAAGGGGAUCAUCCUCUCCGUCAACGGGAAGGCGGCGCAACUGUUUGGCUACAAGAAGGCCGAGAUGCUGGGCCAGAAUAUAUCCGUCCUCGUCGACGAAGCCUACGCCGAUAAGCACGAUUCCUUCAUCCAGCGCUAUAUCCACGGAGGCGUGCCGCGAGUGUUGAACCGAGUGAGGAAUCUGAUAGCCAUGCACAAGGACGGACACCCGAUCACGAUCAGUUUGGAGGUACACGAGCGGCGGGAGGGCGAUCACAUCAUCUUCGUGGGCAAGAUCAAUCAAAUCACAGAGGAAAUGGAAGCCAUAAUCACCAUCGACAAGAAAGGUAUCAUCCAGGACGUGAACCAGAAUCUGUGGGUCCUGUACGGGUACUCGCGCGAGGAGCUCCUGGGAAAGAAGAUCAACAUGCUCAUGUGCAGCCCUCACUCCCAGAUGCACGACACCUACCUCCGACGCUAUCAUCAAACCGGGAAGAAGCGGAUCAUCGGCAUGCCGCCCCGCAUGGUCAAGACCAGACACAAGGACGGGUCGACCUUCUAUGUGUACCUCGAGGUGAACGAGUUCGACCAGGCCGGCCAGACGCUCUACGGCGGCAAGAUCAGUCGCGUGCUGCGGCACCGCAGCAGCAGCAGCGUGGGCAACGUCAGGGGCAAUGGCGAUGGUACGGGGCAUGUCGACGAUCACAGCAGCGGCGGCGGCAGCGACCUCGACGAGCCCGUCUACAUCGGCAACUACAAGGUGGAGAACACCAUCGCCGAGGGGCUCUACGGCAAGGUCAAGAUCGCCAUCCACCGACUGACCGGCCAAAAGGUGGUGCUGAAGGUGAUUGAGCGGAGCAAGAUCGACAGGGAACGCUUCAGGGAGAUCGCGCUCAUGAAGCAGCUGCGGCACAAACACGUCGUUCGCAUGCUCGAGGUGAUCGAGUCCGUGGACCGACUGUUCAUCGUGUACGAGUUCGUGGAUGGAGGCGAGCUCUACGACUACAUGAUGAGCAAGCAAUACCUCACCGAGGACGAGGCACGACAGUUUUGGCGCCAAAUAGUCAUGGCGGUCAAGUACAUGCACACCCACAACAUCGCCCACCGCGAUCUCAAGCUGGAGAAUGUGAUGCUCAACUCGCGCAAGGAGAUCGUGGUCAUCGAUCUCGGGCUGGGCAACUUCAUGAAGGCCGACGAGCUGCUCUCCACCUUCUGCGGCUCCACCGCCUACGCCGCCCCCGAGAUCACUCUCAUUUCAUUUUGUCGUGACUACGUGGGGUCGCAUGUGGAUAUCUGGAGCAUGGGGGUGAUGCUUUUCUGUCUGGUGCUGGGCUUCCUGCCCUUCGAGGACCCGCAGCGAAUCGUGCAGGCCGACUUCGUCCCCUUUUCCGAAGCCGAAGAGGACGGCAUCUUCGUCUCGGAUGAGUUUGCGGACUUGAUUACGAGGAUCUUCCAGAAGGACCCGGCCAAGCGCAUUACCAUCGACGGCAUCAUCAACCACCCCUGGACCACCAAGGGGCUGCCGCCCAUCACGGAGGCCGAACUGCAGAGCUCGGAGAGUGUAGACGUUGCCGAGCAGGAGGAACUCCUCAACAAGCUCAAGGAGUUCGGCUUUGAACAGGACGUGGUGUUGAAGAGCAUCAACGCGCACGAAUUCAACGCCAUCACGGCCUCCUUCUUUUUGCUGCAGAGGCAGAUGCAGGAGGGCCGACGAAAUCGCACCCGCUCGCCCGCCCACACCCGACGCACCGGCACCGACGGCGGAGGCGGAGGCGGUUGUCCAUUUGCCCACCACUCCAGUGCUUGA